AUGGAGGUGAAAGAGAUUAUAGUUAGGGUACUCAGUGUACUUGUGAGUGUAUUUGUUGUUGUCUUAAAUAAUACGGCGACACUUGUGGGGUAUUGCAAUGCAAAUUAUCCUCAAGUGACUCAAAUAGUGAUUGGAUUAGUUGCAAUUUAUUUGAUGAUUAAACUAUGUAUGAAGGCGUUUAGGUUAUGGGUUAGACUAAUGAUACAAACGCUUAAGUUUGUGAUGGUGGUGAGUUUCAUCGGUUUAUGUUUUAUUGUAUACUUAAGGGGGUUUAACCGCUUUAUAGAUCAGGAUAUACCGUUUAUCACUAACAUUUUAAAAGACCCCCAAUCUUUUAAGCUGAAUUUUUCGUAUAGCAAUUGGUUUGCAGGGUUUGAAUACGGAGGUUAUAUAAAUGAUUUUUUACAGGAUUCUACUUUUAAAGUCGAAAUUGACCAUGAUUAUAUUGAUUAUUUAAAAGAUCAAAAAGAAAAGUUACUUGAUGAAGAUUUCAUUCAAGAUACUUAUGAAAAUUUUAACGAUUAUGUUAAGUCAUAUAAUAUUGAAUAUGAUGUUAAUGAAAUAGGUAAUCAUAUUUAUGAAUUUUUAGGUCGAUAA